CCUCUACUUUCGCUCUUGACAAUUCACCCCGCUUCCAUUCAGAGCCCUACCUCCAGGCUCACCGCAUCAAAGCAGCAAGCAAGCCAACCGCAAGCAUGAGCCAGUCAUACUCCUCCAGCCAACGGGUGUCUUCCUACCGCCGCACCUUCGGAGGUGCAUCUCCAUCCUUUUCCAGAACCUCCUUUGGAUCGAAAGGAGGUUCCGGCAGCUCCCUCAACUCCAGAGUCUACCAGGUGUCUCGUUCCUCAGCAGUCCCAAGUCUCUCCAGUUUCAAGUCCACAAGGCUCGCCCCAACAAGAGCAAGUUACGAUGUCCUGGACUUCAACCUGGCAGAUGCGAUGAACCAGGAGUUCCUUCAAACCCGAACCAACGAGAAGGUUGAGCUGCAGGAACUGAACGACAGGUUCGCCAAUUACAUUGACAAGGUGCGAUACCUGGAGCAGCAGAAUGCCAUCCUGGUGGCCGAAGUCAACCGACUCAAGGGCAAGGAGCCAACCAGAAUCAGCGAGCUGUACGAGGAGCAGAUGAGGGAGCUGAGGCACGAGGUGGAUAUCAUUACCAAUCAGAGGUCACGGGUGGAGGUGGAAAGGGACAACCUGGCAGAUGACCUGCAGAAGCUAAAACAGAAGCUGCAGGAAGAGAUCCAGCUUAAGGAAGAUGCCGAGAAUAACCUGUCCGCCUUCAGAUCUGAUGUUGAUGCUGCCACCCUGGCCAGGAUUGAUCUGGAGAGGAGGAUCGAAUCUCUGCAGGAAGAGAUUGCAUUCCUUAAGAAGAUUCAUGAUGAGGAAAUUCGGGAACUGCAGGCACAGCUGCAGGAACAACAUGUACAGGUAGAAAUGGACAUAUCCAGACCAGACUUGACCGCAGCCCUCAGAGACAUCCGGGCACAGUAUGAGACCAUUGCCGCCAAGAAUGUUUCAGAAGCUGAGGAAUGGUACAAGUCCAAGGUGUCUGACCUCAACCAGGCUCAACAGAAGAACAACGAUUCUCUUCGUCAGUCCAAACAGGAGCUGAUGGAAUAUCGUCACCAAAUCCAAUCCUACACCUGUGAGGUUGAUGCCCUCAAGGGAACUAAUGAUUCCCUGAUGCGCCAGAUGCGAGACCUGGAGGAAAGAUUCGCUGGAGAGGCAGCUGGAUACCAAGAUACCAUUGGCCGGCUAGAAGAAGAUAUCCGUAACCUGAAAGAUGACAUGGCAAGACACCUCCGCGAGUAUCAGGAUCUGUUGAAUGUUAAGAUGGCACUGGAUAUUGAGAUUGCCACAUACCGGAAACUGCUGGAAGGAGAGGAGAGCAGGAUCACUCUUCCCAUCCAGACAUAUUCAGCACUGAGCUACAGAGAGACCAGCCCAGAGCAGAGAUCUUCAGAAGUUCACACCAAGAAAACAGUCAUGAUCAAAACUAUUGAGACCCGAGAUGGAGAGAACUGAGCACCUUACUCUUCCUCUGGAGCACUGGUUGUCAGUGAGGCUUCCCAGCAGCAUCAAGAGGUCCUGUGAAUGGACACAUGAAGAUGGAUGCCCCACGGGAAUGACCACAGUGCACAGCCUGAGCGUAUCCCUGCUGGACCUAGGCCAUCUCAUGCUGUAUCCUCACCACACAUCUCCACUACACUUGUCACCACUUCUCCCCCGAACCAUGGACUGCUGGAGGCCCCCGUUAGAAUAACUAAUGUCUUUUUGGAGGUUUCUCAUCAUUGCAAGAGAAAUAAAGAAACCAACACUCUCACAAACAUUGGUACUCCCAUUAAUUCCUAGGGAAGACGAUGAUCCUGUAGGCCUGAGCUAGUUCCAGUGAUGGGCCCCACUGCACCUGCCCCUCACCCAUUUCUUUGUGGGAGCACAUUUACCCUGCAUCUGCUGUCAUUUCUAAAUGCUUUCCUGCCAUUAUGGCUUCUUAUCCCAUGUAGAGCAUUGACUGAAUGACAGCAAAUAGCUCAUUGGGUACAAUCACUAUGAGGCCAAGGACACCAUUGUCCUGCGACAUUAGGGGCUCUGCCCGUAUUUCACGGUCAGUCUAAUGAGCUUGAAAUUCUAUAAGCAAAACCCAAUUCAGUUCAUAUUUUGUCAUUUUCGCUCCAUACCAACCAUUUUAGGGGUUUUCAAUGGAUCCAUCCAAUCUAUCUCUAUUGUACCCCCUUUUAAAGAGGUUGGCCCAUCUCACACAUUGGUGGCAUAUCCCAGCGAUAUCUCUCGGACCUGCAACUAUCUCUAGGACAGAGAAUAGAACGAGGGCACUCCACGCGAGCGCAACCUCCCUCCAUUCACUUCUAUGGGUGUGCCGAAAAUAGUCGAGCACCUGGUUGGCAAUUUCUGUAACUCCUAUAGAGGUGUAUGGAGGGUGGCUGCGCUUGCACAGUGCGCUCUCCAUUCACUUCUAUGGGAGUUCCAGAAAUAGUCGAAUGCCAUAGAGGUAAAUGGAGAGCACGACACGCAUGCGCGGUCAGCUCUCCUUCAUUUUGGGGACCCUGUUCUAGACCUACGCGAGGCCACCAAUGUGUGAGAUGGGCCAACCCCUUUAAAGGGGUUAUCCAAGACUAUUAAAUGCCCCCCAUAUGCUCAAGCCCCUCACACUGAAUAUA